AUGCAGUCUGAUCUUUUCGGCGCGGACUGCCGAUUCGCCUGCAUCGUUCCAGAACAGAGCGCGUUAGAUGCCGUCGCUCAACGCCUUUGGGUUUUGAAUCCAGUCGAGCGAGAGGACACCGGCAUAAGCGAGGCGGCAUCCAAAAGCGAGUUUCGGCAGUUGCCGAGUAUCAACCCAGAUGUCAACCCAGUGGUCGUCGUGAACCGAUCGGUCGUCGCGCAGCGUCUUCCGGUGUCCACAUCGAUCCACAAAAGUAUCCAUAUCGGCAUCACAAAAGUAUCCACAUCGGUGUCCAAAGGUAUCCACACAGGUAUCCUCACCCCAUCCUCACCCCCAGUCCUUACCACCAGUGCUGGUCGUCGCGCCGUCGUGUCAUCCGUCCCCUCCUACCCCUUCUAUCCUCACCGGAAUCCUGACCCCUAUCCUCACCGGCGUCCUCUGGUCGUGGUGCCGUUGUGUAUCCGUCCCCGCCUCUACUCACCGGAAUCCUCUCCGCCGGUCCUCACCCCCCUGUCCUCACCACCACUGCUGGUCGUCGCGCCGUCGAGUGACCUGGAUUUGCGGUCCCUUGUGUUGAAGCAGCCUGGCUUCACCUUCCUGAAAUCCCGGGAGCUCUUCCUCGCCGAGACCGCCAACUGUGAUGAGCGCAUGCGUGGCGUGAAGCUUGUGAAGGUAAAAAAGUCCACCGAAGCCCGUCGCGCUCAGCUCGCACAGCGCUUCCGGGUGAAGCAGGCGAAGACCAUGCUGCAGGCAGCCGCCCAGAACAAGCUGUCUACCGGAACUUUGCGAGAAGCUCUUCUUGGAGUUCCUGGCGAAGAGGAGCACAUGCCCGCCGUCGAGCUGCACAUGUACCCGGAAGAUCCUCGAAACGUGAGCUCUCAGUGGCGGGCGCUGCUGGUGCCGAUCGCGAGAGGAGCCUUCAAGACCCUGUUUUUGUGUCAACCUGCGCUUCCCUCCUCAAGCAUGUCAAGAUGCAUUGCGAGAUUGCCCUUUGAACCACUGCCCUUUUACCCGAGCUCUCUGGCUGGGAACUGGUAUUCUUCCCUUGACCGCCACCGCUCAUCGCCAGCUUUGCUUCUCCUUGCAAUGGAAGUGGUUCUCGCAUGUGGCUCAUUGGCGCUGCUGGCUCUCUGUCUCGUCGCCGGCUACGCGAUGCUUACGAAGGGUGGAGGUGAUGGAGAUGGCAAGGCUUCGGUAUUCAGUGCAGUGAACUGGUCAUUCCCCUGCAAAUGCUGCUUGACGCAGCACGCCCAUCUGUACCGCGAAACUGGGGAGCAGGUGGACCAUGAGCCCCUGGACGCAGGUAGCUGCGUUAUAGUGCAAGAAGCACAGAGAGGAAAGGUACAGCUACCGCUGAGCUUCUGGAUUUUCAGAGGUGAUUGGGCAGAGGCCGUGAAGACUAUGCUAGGUAAGCCGACUCAGAAGCUCUGGGCUCGGGUGGAAGAGCCGGCCGGGUGGCUUCUCCUCACCAAGGAGGACGAUUUUCUACCUCGGGCUGUGAACGCCGAGACAAUGCCCCAAGCAGUUUUCAAGGUGCAUCCCGACUUAGUGCCUCCGCUGCCGGUGCUUUUGAGAAGCACUUUGGUCAUGUUGUCUGUACAUGUGACGUCUCAGUGGAUUCUGGUGGAGUACUUCACGGGCAUGUAUAGCUUUCCAGCCAUGAUGUACCUUGUCUUUGGUACGGUAACCUCGCACGUUCUGGUGAUGCUGGAGCGUUACAGAACCAGCGUGCUGGGCACUCAGUACGAAGAAGUUCUGCAGACAGAACGUCAUUUGCUGAGCUUGCGAAUGGCAAGCACGAAGACUGUGAUUGUUUUCGCUAUUCUCCAGGUCACCAUGCUCGGCACACUUUUGUCUAGGCUGACGACGGUUUCAAGCAAGCAGAUACCGGCUGAGCUGGGCUUCUUGGCAGGCCUCGCAUUGCAUGCGAAGGCGAUGUACGACACCAGUUCGGUGCGGCAGAAGUGGCGCGAGCCGCAGCUUGCAAGCAAGGAGAUCUAUGAGUUCGCAAACAAGGCCAUGCCAAUCACUUCUACAACACCAAAAACUCUAUCCAGUCAAAGGGCACAGAGCCUCUCUUUGGUGUGGUGCCUCACACUUUCGGUUGUUGUGAUCGCCCUGAUGCUGGUCGCACGCAUCACGCUCGAUGUACUGCAACUGCGAGGAGAACUUGUGGCUUACAGCUUCACUCGGGGGAAGCUUAUGUCCCCGUCUGGUAGCCAGUCCUUCCACAAUACGCUACUUCUGGACCAAAAUGCAGAUUCUUUCACCGUAGAUCUACAGUUUGGAGAUUUCACACGCAGUGUACAGAUCGAGCUGGUACACCCUCUCCUGACUGAUGAGGAGCCCCUUAUUGUGACAGCAUCGGGUGAGCAGCAGCUGUCGCUUCCAAGUGGACCCCUCUAUUCUCAGCUGAUGUUCCAUGCAGUAGGAGAUUACGUCACUACCACUUAUGUCAUCCACAUUCUGCGUGUGGGCGAGGCCAUCUCCAUCGGGCUUUCUGCCAGCUUCGACAAAGUCAAGUAUCCGGACUUGGCCGGGGAGGUAUUCCAUGAAGAGCACCGGCUGCAGUACCAGCUAAGACACCGCCUGUGGUAUGUCCCAGACAUCGAUCUCUCAAACAACGGCACCCUGCUCGUCACGAUGACUUCCCUGGUGCUUGCGCCCAUGAUCUCUCCCUUCCAGGUGCAUGUCGGGAACGCAACCUUUUAUAUCUACCAGCACAAUGCGGACCAGACGAUCUACGCAGACUUAGGAAAAGCAGGGGUGGCAGGGAUGGACAGCGGCAUGCUCCAGUGGCUGCAAGACACCCGCUUCAGUGGCAAAUGGGUCCGCCUGACUUCCGGGUUGGCCUUUGCUGCAGAAAGUUCGGAGAACCACAGUUUGAAUACAGUAUUCCGGUUGACUGGCGCUCUAAAGGCGUUGCAGGAUGACAACAAGCUUAUACAGAUCGGCGUGACCCAGGAUAUGACAAAUUCCGAAGUCCUGGAGGUACCACUAAUGCUAUUGUCCGGGGCUCCCUCGCCAUUUCUUCAUUCCAAAGAACAGUCAGAGGACAAGUUUCUCCUUCCAAGCUUCAGCCCAGACCUGCGGACGGACUACGCAGUCUGUGGUGGCCAUGGUAAGCUAGAUGACGUUGAGGUAUCCGUCUCGGACCCGCGCUUCCUCACUGUCUCCACGGAUCUGCAGGAGCCUGGCAGCUGUGACACCGUGACAAAGCGAGAGUUCCGUUCCAUCCGCAAGGACAACACAGGCUGCGGGAAGUGGUGCGAGCACUACCUCCCACGUACGGGGCGCUACGACAUGUCCGUCGCCCGCUCCGCCUCUCUGUGCCUUCAAUUUGCCAUGGAUCUUCUCAACGAGUCUGCUUUGAACAAUACUCUAUUCAUGACAGAAGGUGCCGGGAAGAAUCCGUGCGUGGAUGAGGGAUGGCUUACCCAAGCGAUUCUGCUAAACUUCACUGCGGGAGUGGAGAUUCUCCUGAGCUUCGAUGCCAGCCCGGAUGCGAUCUUCCAAGGCGUGACUCCUUUGCAGACCGCAGCGGUCCAAGGCAAUGUUUUGACACUCCGGAAGCUUCUGAACAAGAGCAAGGACGUCGCUGCCAGGACUGCGGGGAUGCUGGCCGCAGGCCGCCACUGCCACGCCGAGGCCAUGGAGCUGUUCAGAGAAUAUGGUGCUACUGCGGCCAACGCGAGCACGUGUGAUGAUUCGAUGCUGAUGACGGUGGUCAAGGAGCGCGCCAUGAACAGCGAGGCGUGCCAGCAGAAGGCCCAGAGCACGACCGCUGAGCGAAGGCAGAACUACACCGCCCUUUGGGAUGUCCUGGCCAUUCUGAAGCAGAUGGACAAUGCAUCGUACAACGAGUGCAGAGGACCGACGUUGAAGAAAGCUCUGGUGCGACCCGACCUGGCGGCUGUGGAGCUGCUUUUGGACGGGGAGGAGAAGGUGGACGAACUCGCAGGACGCCCCGGACGCCCCUUGACAAGGAUCUUGAUGAACCUCCUGUCUGCGGAGAAGGUCACGGACGAAGUCUUCCUGAUGGCGACGGAGCUUCUUCACAGGCACGGCAUGGACCUGCAGCCCCAGAAAUAUGCCUUGCUGCCCUUCGUGGCUUGCCGCUGCAGCGUGCGGCUGGUCAGGGAGCUUCUGGAUCUUGGGGCCAAGCCUGAAGGGCUGUACUCGCGGAAGAACGCCAGCGCUAGCGUGGCGUCUUCCGAGUGCACAGGCCCCGAGAAGGAAGCGAUUCAGGUGACGAAAGACCUCGCGAAGGGCGUGGCCCUGAGUAUGCGGAUCCAAACGGCAUGUGUGUUCCUUCCUGUAAUUGGCGUGCGACCACACCUCGACCGGGAGAGCUGCGGAGGAGUACCGGGCGCCUUCACUGUCACUGGUACAGAAUGCCGCUGUGAUACCCAGCUCUUUGGACCAGGCAGUGCCAAGGCCUCAGAGGCUGCGCUGGUCCGUGGCCGCUGUCUCACGCAGAAGGAGUUCGACCAGCGGUGCCAAGACGCAGGGGGCGUUGCAAAGUACGGCGGGUGCGAAUGUGUCUACGAAUUUGUCGGAGAUCCUGCGUAUUGCGGCAAGCUUCCUGAAAGCAUCCCACUGGAGACGCAUUCCGGAUUUGGCAGCAGGUGCUACUCCAAGGAGGAGAUAGGCGCGACCAUCAAGCAGCGAAGUGCUUACGAUCACAUCACCAAUGAUGCUUUGAAGUUCUGCACCGGGCUCCUCGCAUUAGUCCAGAAAGAGCUGCCCCUGGAAGAGAGGCGUGAACAAUGGCGCAUUGGCGUUCGAGUGGAGGACGCGCUCCAACAUGACGACCGCGAAAAGAUCUGCCAAGCAGCUCUGGCGCAGCAGAUAACGCCAAAGCUUGCUGACGAGGAGCUCCUGGGCUUGCACGAAAGCAUCGAUGCCCCAGAGCCCGGAGAGAAAACCCGUGCGUACCAGGUUUUGGUGGACGGGGUGAGCCGGACGGAUCAUUCCUGGCAGGAUUUGCUGAAUAGCGUAUGCGCGGAUGAGUGCCGCGACCUCUUGGAAUUAAUGGAGUCCGCAACUCUGGAACUUGUGGAGGCAGCUGUGAGUGUGGAUUCGAAAGCGGGAACUAUCCAGGAGAUCUGUGGCAAACAUGUUGUGCAGAAAGCGGAGGCCGAAGUCCUCACCUGCUGUGGGCAGGAGUGCGGCUGGGACAAUCGCAUCUGCCGCCUCUGGCCCUUCUUCGACCCCUCGGAGAGGCUCGACUGGAACGCCCGGUGCUGUGCAGAAGGCACCAUCCUAAAGGACUCCAGCCGCGAGCGGCUCUGCAACAGCGUGCAACCCAAAGAGAAACGCGAAAAACUCUAUGAAAACGAUGCAAAGCAGGAAACGCAGCAAGAUGCGCUCUUAGUGGGCCAAGACCGGGCCCCACAGCCAGGACCGUCACUGCUACAAAGCUACGCUGGCGAGGUGCAGUGCGACGUGCUUGGUGCCAAGUGCGGCAAAGAAGAGCAGCGAGCACUCUUCCUGAAGGCAUGCAAGGAACACAAAGAGGAGCAGUGGCACUUCUUGGAUUCUACCGCCUACAAAAAGUUUGUAAGCCUGGAGCACGUGCACAUAGUCUCCGGGGACACCAGCAUUCGUGCUUGCUAUGCCAAGCUGACGGGGGAUGUGGAUGCUGUUUCCUGGUACAUGAAGACCUGCCACUUUGUCCACAGCUCCGACCGCGAAAUUGAAGCCAUCCAGGACACCUACGAUGCCACAGACCCCGAAGUGCCGGAUGUGGUCGAUGGGGUGGCGCUCUUCAAGCAGAAGCAGUAG